CCUUCAGCGAGACUCUUUUUGGGGGAACAGGAAGUGAGAAGAGCCGAGUCUCUUCUGGGUUUUGAGUGCUGCUUCCUCCUCUGUGCUGCAGGUGGAGAAGAUGAUGACGGGCUCCACUCUUUCUCGAUACUUCGACCACACAACUGUGUUCGCAUUCGGGCCGGGGAGCCUCGUGGCUCACUUCUGGCUGGUGAUGUCGGUGCCCAGCAGCCGCGUCGGGGGGGUCACGCUGGCGGAGGUGACCCGGAGCCUGGAGGAGGGCCUGAGGCGCUGUGGGGGGCCGGGGGAGGAGGCGGUGGUCUGCGGCGGGUACCGCGUCCUCCUCCCGUCGCUGUCCGUGGGAGAAACCGACUCCAGGGUCAUAGAGCUCAUGAAAGCCUCAUUCGACUGCUACCGCUACCAGAAGGUGGCGCCCGGCCCGGGCUCCGCCCUGCGCGGGCCCGACACGCAGCGCUCCUCCUGCAUGUGGCACCUCCAGGCCGCCCCGGGGGCCCAGCUGGAGCUGCACAUGGAGUGGCUGCUGCCGGAGUGCCGGGACCGGCUGGUGGUGUACGACUCCCUCACCCCCUCGGACUCCCGCCUCGUCACCUCGGUCUACGGCUGCAGCAGACGCGAGCGGCAGGUCAGCGUGCUGUCUUCAGGCGAGUGAAUGACGGUGGUCUGAAAGCAGGGUCUGUACAACUACAAGGACCCCUUUCUCUGUCUGCACAGGCCUGGGCCCGUCAGGACUGCGGCGGCACCGUACAGCUGAAGGCGGUGUCGGGGGUCCAGGGGACCCUGAGGACGCCCUUCUUCCCCAGCUACUACCCCCCCGACACCAACUGCACCUGGAGCUUCACUACGCCCGCUGACGGGACGGGUCUGUCUCUGGAAUUCGAGGGCUACGAGCUGAGCAGAGCCGGCUACGACCGGGCCUGCACCCAGGGCCAGUGGACCAUCCAGAGCCGCCGGAUGUGCGGCUCCAGGGGCCUGCAGUCGUACAACGAACGCCUCUCCCUGCUCACCGCGGCGACCACCGUCGUCAUGACGUCCGAGGUGUCGCUCACCGGGCCGGGACUUCAGCUGCGCUACAGAGUCUUCAACCUGUCAGAUCCAUGUCCGGGUCAGUUUCUGUGCUCGGUGAACGGCUUGUGUGUUCCUGCUUGUGACGGAAUCAAGGACUGUCCCAACGGACUGGACGAGAGGAACUGCGUGUGUGCAGCACAGUGCCAGUGUCCAGAGGACAGUCAGUGUGUGGACUACUACAAAGUGUGUGACCAGCUACCAGACUGCCCCGAGGCAACAGACGAGAUGAACUGCACCGACGGUGUGCAGUGCACAGAUAUGACCUACGUGUGCGCCGAUGGAACUUGUCUAAAGAAGCCAAACCCGGAGUGCGACUUCGUCUCCGACUGCCCCGACGCCUCGGACGAGAAGCACUGCGACUGCGGCCUGAGGCAGUUCUCCAGCCGCAUAGUGGGAGGGGCCAAUGCCACAGAGGGGGAGUGGCCAUGGCAGGCCAGCCUUCAGGUCCGCGGGACACACAUCUGCGGGGGCGCCUUGAUCUCCAGCCAGUGGGUGGCGUCUGCCGCCCACUGUUUCUACGACGAGCG